UAUGUUUAGUUCAAUUAUUAAUGAGGUUAACUUUGUUAAUAAUAUAUUCAGAAAAAAUUAUAUUUUUUUAAAUCAUAUAAAAUAUUAUAUUUAUUUACUUACCUAUUAAAUUAUAUCACUGAUUGAAAAUACUACGAUUUAUCAGUCAUCCGUAGCAUUAAACAAACAUAUCUUUUGUAAGCUAAUGCAUUGACAACUCUCAAAUCUGCACACUCAUGAGCGCAGCCUAUUGUAGCGACUAGCAGUUACAGAAUUUUUAGUAUCGUUAUCAUAGUUUAAUAAUAAUGAAAGAAGUUAAAAAUUCGAAUCGUCCAAGAUAUGGAGGUGGACCGCAUAAUUUGGGAGAUCCAGAAGAUAAACAUUUAAGAAAAGUAGAAAAAGAUGUUCUCAUACCACAAAAAAUGCGAGAUAAAGCAAAACAAGAAUGUGUGCAAGAGGUUCAUGAAUUCAAUGUGUGUUGUAAAAAUGCUAGUUAUCUUAUGGCAUUUAAAUGUAAGAAAGAAACUAAUGCAUUAAUAAACUGUUUAUCAAAAUGGUAUAAUGAUCCAAAAUUCAAAGAAGAAUGUACAGAAGAAUAUUUAGCAGAAAGAAGCGAGUAUAGAAGAACUGGUAUUCCUAAAAAAUCAAAAUUAGGGAGAUUUGGAUCUUCAAAUUAAAUUAUAUAAUGAAUAAUAUAUUAAAUAUAUAUUAGUAUUGUUAUUUUUUAUUUAGCAUAUGUAAUUGUUUAUUGUAAAUGAAAUGAAGCUAUUAAAAUGCUAUUAAAAUAUUAUAAUUAUAUAAAAAAAAAAAGAAUUUUAAACUUAUGUACUUUAUUUACAAUUAUGAAAAAUAUGUUAAAUACAAAAUUAACAUGAAUCAUCA